AUGGCUCGGGGACCGGGAAAGAGACCGGGAAAUGGAUUGGGAGCGGGAAAGGGCCCGAAAUGGAGAAAGGGAUCGGGACCGGGAAAGGGAUCGAGACCUGGACCGGGAAAGGGAUCGAGACCGGGACCGGGAAAGGGAUCGAGACCUGGACCGGGAAAGGGGUCGAGACCCGGAAAGGGACCGGGAAAUGGAUCGGGACCGGGAAAGGGAGCGACACCGGGAGCGGGCCCGGCCGCCGCGCCGCCCCGCGGCAGGAAGGAGAAGAACGUGGCCAACAUGAAGCCCAAGUGUCCGGACGAGCAGGAGAUCCCGUUCCGGCUGCGGGAGAUCAUGCGGAGCCGCGAGGCCAUGAGGCGCCCGGGCGCGCCGAAGCGGCGGCCGCCAGGGAAGCAGCAGCCGCCCCAGGAGCGCUCCCCGGAGGGACAUCACGGUGCCGCGGGGGACAUCGCGGUGCGCAGGAUCCGCAGGGGCGACGGCGAGUCGGAGCGCUCCUACAUGAGCCGCGUGGAGCAGGAGGUGCAGCGCGUCCGCUUCCUCACCAAGCACCAGCCGCAGCCGCAGCCUGAGAAGCAGGAGGCGGCCCGGGAGAAAUCCAGCAGGAAGAGAGAGUUUCAGAAAAAGAAGCUGGAUAAAGUACGGAAGAAGAAGGAGGAGAAGAAGGAAGCGUUGCUGGAGAAGAGCUUGUUCCAAGACAAGGUGCCGUUCGGCGACGUGGUCACGCAGCCGCCCAGCCUCACGUCGCGGCCCAGGAGCGGGGUCCCCGCGGCGCAGGCCGGCCGGCGGCGGCUCCUGCUGACGUCCCGCCUGGGCUGUGGCGCGGCGUCCCCAGCGGCGUCCCCAGCGGCGCCCGUGUCCCUCGCUCGCCAGCGCAUCGUGCAGGAGGAGAGAGCGCGCGUGGUGCAGGCUUACAGGGACCUGCAGAGGCGCAGGCAGCAGCAGCGGGAGGCACGCGGGGACCUCCGCGGCGCCAUGAAACUGCUGGGAGUAAAAGAGUUGCUAAGGGCUGCUGGCCGUGAGCGUGCCUGUGUGCGCGGCUGCGCCGUGUGCGUGCGGCUGUGCCGUGUCCACACAGACCCAGCGUGUCCGUGUGGCUUUGCUGUGUCCAUGUGA